UAGAGGGCCACAUUCAGCUCCUUGGUCUGAGUCUUCCCACCUCUGUUACAUUGCAUGAACAAUGCAAAACAGGCUUAAAGCCUUUUUUAUUUUAGUUAAUGACUAUAUAAUCAACUUAACUGGCCUCCACAGGGUCAGGCAAGAGAUUCAGGAUGAUGUGCCUGCGUGUUGCAGUAUGGGGACCAAAAGUUAAUCAGGAGCUGGGCGUGUGCCCUGUAGAUCGUAUCCCUCCAGGUGGGGGGCAUCCCUCCACUAGCCCCACUUCUCUUCUCCCUGCCCCUCUGGCCUUCAGCUCCAUUACAUGGGGGUGGAUGGCAUGUUUGAGAAGAGCAGAAUGCUGAACAUAGAGAACAGUGCAUGGGGUGGUCGCCAAGAGUGGUAUCAAGACAGUUUGCUGACAGGACCACCCAACCUUGGCACUACGUUGGGCCGUAGGGAAAGCACCCUCAGCAACAACUUUGGUGCCCUUCCACCCUUACCCACCUUCUCUAUGGCCAACAGCCUCCUUCUCCAGCAGGCAGUGCCCUCCGUUGCCAGCCAGAUGUCAUCUUACUCCUGCAUGCUCCCCGGCGGCUCCUCAGUGCCACGCUAUGAUUCAUACACAUCCUCCCAGCUCCCUUCUCAUAAUCUGAACUCCAGCAAUGGGGCCUCUACCGGAUUAAUCUCUCCAGGAGUGUCGGUUCCUGUACAAGUCCCUGGUGGGGACCCUGACCUUGCCCAGUAUUGGCCAAGGUUACAGUGAGGAAAGAAGAGGAGAGGUGGAAAGGAAAGGGGAAAGGAGUGGAGAGGAAAAGGCUUUUCCUCCACACUGGGAAUGUCUGGGGGAGGGAACAUUAGAGAGGGAGAGCUUGCCUUCCUUCCUCAACUUUGUGUAUCUAUAUUAGGCAACCAUGUCUGUGUUUGAUGCCAACCUUUUUCUUUCCCUCUGUGUGCAUGCACCGCCAUUGGGGGGAGUGGGGACAGUCCUUCGCUCAUCUGUCUCUUUCCCAAUCUGCAUUCUGUCCUGUGACUUUCUCAUUUCCUUUCUUCCCCCUCCCCUCCCCCCACCCCACCCAUCUUGUUCUAAAGAGAGCACAAAGAACAGGAGGGGAGGGCAAGAGAACUGUUGGAAGUAUGGGGGAAGAGGAAGCAAACCAACUUCCUUAGGGAUUUAGCACAAAGCAUUAUGGGAGAAAACAAAGAACCACUGGCCCUUGGGGAGCUGAAGAAAAGGCAAAAAGGGGGGGAAGCUUGAAAUCUAAAGCAAUUACUGGGAGGUGGGGGGGCAGGUGUGGCAACCUCAUUGAAAUCCCGUGAAAGUGAUUAUCACAGAAAAUACCAACAAAGGAUUAAGUGAGGAAAACUGGGCUCCAGUCCCCUUUCAAGCUGUUGCAAAGGAUUAUGGGGGAGAAAUGCCAUCGCUACUAUUUGAACAUUGGUGCAAAGGAUUGUGGAGAAGAUUAGCCCUUGUCUUUUUCCCUCCUAGAGUAUCGUGGGAUAGAUGAUGUUUGUACAAGGCUCCUGGGGCCCUCCUACAGUUUGGGGAGCGUUGCUAGUGUUACUUCCUGGGUGUGUAGUGUUUGGUGGCUGAUCCCCUUACAAGAUUGCCCUUUCAACCACUCCUCAUAUCUCUUUGUUCACUCUGCCUCACCCUAUCUGUUACCCACUGCCUCUCCCUCCCUGCACAUGGAUUUCAUUUAGCUGGGUUUCACAUGAAUCCUAGAGGGCUAGGGACCUCUGACCUGCACAAAAUGGCCCUCUGACCAUACAUACAUACACACACCACUUGUAGGCUCAAGCUGUUUUUACGUGUGUUAAUA